UUUCGGAGAUCAGUAUUCGGUACUCGGUUUGGAAGUUUUGUGUUAAGCGAACAACAGUCCGUGUUUCGGUAACAUAAAAGUCCAACUUGCCUGUGUGCAUACGGAAGAUUGAACGCAAGAGAUACUCUGCAUCCCAAAAUGUUCUCCAAAGUGAUCGCUGUUUUGGCCUUUGCCGCCGUGGUAGCCGCUAAGCCCCAACAUCAGCCAGCCGCCCAGUAUCCGGCCGGAGUCGAUCCGUCCCGCUGCCCGUCGUACCCGAACUGCGAUAACGCGGCCCUGCACAGCCCGAACCCGUACAACAACCAUGCCGCCAACCACUGGAACCCGAACUGGAACGCUCAGCCCAGCUGGAACGCCGCCCCUGCCCCUGCUCCGGCCCCGGCCGCCUACUACCACGGAGCUCCCCACUCGUACCAGGCCCUGACUGGCCCGAGCCACAACUACAUUGGAGCUCCCAGCCCCUCGGCCGGUGGUGACCGUUACCCCGCUGGAGUGAACCCGCAGUCGUGCCCGAACUAUCCGUACUGUGAUAACACCGUCCAGGCUGGCGUUCCUCAGGUUGCCCCGCUGCCAGGAUACACCUCCCGCCAGUACCCGGCCGGAGUGUCCCCGCACACCUGCCCGAACUUCCCGUACUGCUAAGACAUUCGCCUUCCCAUUUCCUGACCCUCCCCACUACCCUUCAUCAUACUAUUGAUCUGUGACCACUCGUUUCUUCCUUCCUUCCGCAAUUUUCAUCCGUUCUACCCCUACCCUGUACAUCUUCCCACGUUUGCCAUGGUUGUGUAAAUAACUGGUACUGGUUUGUUUUCGUUAGUGUUUUGUGCAUGAAAUACUGCCUCUUUAGUAGGAGAGAUGUUAGAUGUGUUCCUUAGAGUGAUUGGUUCAACAAGCAAGAGCGAUAAGAGCGCAACAAUCAAAAGCAUUGGAGAACUUAUGGGAAAUAUCAUUGUAAAAA